UUUUCGCUCUGCGUGUGUGCAUUACUGAUUCCAGCCUUUCGUUCAUUAUACAGUCCAAAUGAAAGGGCAGAAAGUGGGAAGUCUCAGGUCGCAGGGACGAAGAACUGCCAGGAAGUCCACAAAGAGGAAAUAAUUUAUUUCUGGGGGAAAGAAUGAGAGUGUGGCUGACGAACAGCACUUGAUGAAGUGGCAGGACGACAUGUGUUGGCUGCGUUUUGGGACAGUGGCGGGCUUUCAGAUAGUUGGACGUGCCGGAGUUUUGAUGAUAUUUUCAGUCCUGUAAUCCUGCUGAUAUGCUUUUGCCCCUCACUGCUGGUGAUAAUUGUAUCUGGAUGCCUUGCUUACACGUUGGAUCUUGCAACCUUGUGAGCGAUAGUUCUUUGCGAUCUUGGUGAUAGUUCCGCACAUACUACAGCCAGUAACAUUUACGCACCUUGCAAUAUUAGUGCUUUCUGAUUUUGGUUGGUGAUUGAUUAUUUGCUUUGCAACUUUUUUUUGUUGUUGCACGCUUUGCCUUCUUGGUAGCUGCUUAUUUGCAUUUUUGGUGGUGGUUUCAAUUCUUGCGGUUUGGUGCAUGAGUUUAUCUGUACUGCUGGCGGUCAAGGUGGCGGGAGGGUGGAGUGGCGGUGCAGGGCUCACGAUGGCCCAAGGAAGCAUUUGGCGGGGAUGUUGCAAGCUGUCUCGCAAGAGCAAGGUGUCGAAGACAGAAAGCCGGAGUGUCCGUUCCAACCUGUUGCAGGACAAGCCGGUGCGUCGACACGCCGACAACCGGCUUAAGACCACCAAGUACUCGCUGCUCUCCUUCCUCCCCAAGAACCUCUUUGAGCAGUUCCACCGUUUCGCCAACGUCUACUUCGUCUUCAUCGCCCUGCUGAACUUUGUGCCUGUCGUCGGGGCGUUCCAGCCCGAGCUAGCCCUGGCUCCCGUAGUCUUCAUCCUCGCAGUGACCGCAUUCAAAGACCUGUGGGAGGACUACAGGAGGUACAGGUCCGACCAGGAGAUCAAUCACAUGGACUGCCUCAUCUACUGCAGGAAUGAGAAAAAGUACGUGGAAAAGUAUUGGAAAGAAGUUCAAGUUGGGGACUUUGUUCGCCUGCGAUGCAAUGAAAUCAUUCCUGCCGACAUCCUACUGUUGUAUUCCAGUGAUCCUGACGGUCUCUGCCACAUUGAAACAGCUAAUCUUGAUGGAGAGACCAACCUCAAGCAGCGACAGGUUAUUAAGGGGCUUACAGAGCUGGAGACUGAAUUUGACCCGAUGAAGUUUAACAGUGUUAUCGAAUGUGAAAAGCCAAACAACGAUCUGAACAGAUUUCAAGGUUACAUAGUAUAUAAAAAUGACAAGAAAGCUGGACUUUCUAAAGACAACCUCUUACUUCGGGGAUGUACCAUUAGAAACACAGAAGAAGUCGUGGGCAUUGUAAUCUAUGCAGGCCAUGAGACUAAAGCCAUGUUAAACAACAAUGGUCCACGUUACAAGCGCAGCAAACUGGAGAGACAAAUGAAUGUAGACGUCUUCUGGUGUGUUAUCAUCCUUGUCGUCAUGUGCCUUUUCUCAGCCAUUGGUCAUGGUCUCUGGGUAGCUGGGUAUGGUGAUCAGCGGCCAGUAUUUGACGUCCUCAGUGCUGAUGGCACUUCCUUAUCUCCUGCAUUAUCUGGACUAUACUUGUUCUUCACUAUGAUAAUUGUGCUACAGGUGCUGAUCCCUAUUUCACUGUACGUGUCCAUUGAGAUUAUUAAAAUAUGCCAAGUAUUUUUCAUCCAUCAAGACACUGACCUGUAUGACGAGGAGACGGACUCUCACCUGCAGUGUCGGGCACUGAACAUCACAGAAGAUCUAGGGCAAAUACAGUAUGUAUUCUCUGACAAAACUGGGACACUGACGGAAAAUAAGAUGGUGUUCCGACGAUGUACAGUAGCAGGAGUUGAGUAUUCUCACGAUGCGAAUGCAAAGAGAUUGGCGAUGUACCAAGACCCUGACUCAGAGGACGAAGAAUGUAUAUCCAAAUCGGGAACAAUGCCGAGGUGCGACAGCAUUUCCAGUCACCAGAGUGCCAAAGUAACCCACAGAACCCAAAGCACGAAGUCUCAUCGUCGGACUGGCAGCAGGGCAGAGGCUAAGAGGGCUAGUAUCUUGUCCAAGCACACGGCUUUCAGCAGCCCCAUGGAAAAAGACAUCACACCCGACCCUCAGUUGCUGGAAAAGGUGAAUGAAUGUGCCAGUCGACUGAAAGAUUUGAGACAACAUGGUCAACCGUUAAGCUACUUAACCCCCGAACUGUCUGAUGUCACUGACUUUUUUAUAGCACUGACUGUUUGUAACACUGUAAUGGUUUCAUCCCCAAACCAACCGAGACUUAAGGGCCGAGCCCGCUUUGAGAUGAAGUCUCCGGUCAAGUCGUUAGAAGAUUUCAUCAAAAGGUUUACUCCCAGCCGCCUUACCUCGGGUUCUAACAACAGCAGUUCCUCCAGUCUUUCCACAAGUAAAUCUCUGCACAGAGUCUCCGCCAGCACCUUGGCCUCUCCUUCUUCAGACACUGCCUCCAUGAGGAUGGCCGAAGAGCUUGGCAGAUCCCCCAACGGCUUUCAGACAGAGAGCACGAUAGCUGAGGGAAAGGACGGAGAGCUGCGCUACGAGGCAGAGAGCCCGGAUGAAGCUGCCCUGGUUUACGCAGCCAAAGCCUACAACUGCGCCCUGGUGGGCCGACUCCCAGAGCAGGUGACCGUGGAGUUGCCUCACGUGGGCAAGCUCGCCUUUGAGCUCCUGCAUACGCUGGGCUUCGAUUCUACCCGGAAGCGGAUGUCCGUAGUGGUGAGGCACCCCCUGACUGAUGAGAUUGUUGUUUACACGAAAGGGGCUGAUUCUGUCAUCAUGGACCUUCUCCAGAAGCAACCCACAGAAGAAAACACUACAGGCAAACGCACAAGAAAAAUUCGGAACAAAACCCAGAAUUACCUAAACCAGUAUGCUACAGAUGGACUGCGGACACUCUGCAUUGCCAAACGGGUGCUACAUAAGGAGGAGUAUGCACACUGGCUAGAAAACCGGUUGGAGGCAGAAUCUUCUGUUGAAAAUCGAGACGAGCUCCUGUACCAGUCAGCAGUCUGUUUGGAGACUGACCUUCAGCUGUUAGGGGCCACAGGCAUCGAGGAUCGCUUACAGGAGGGUGUUCCGGAAACGAUAGCGAACCUGCGAAAAGCUGCCUUGCAAAUAUGGGUGCUGACUGGAGACAAACAGGAAACGGCAAUCAAUAUUGCGUACGCUUGCAAGCUCCUCAGUCAAGAUGAAGAGCUCCUCACCAUGAAUGCUGAAUCUCAGGAGGGCUGUGCAGCUUUGCUGGAGCAAUGCUUCAACUACGUGGAAUCGAAGAGUCCACAGAACAAUCGCUCACGCGUUAUUGCAAAUGGUUUGGUCGAGCCUCUGCCUUCAAACAGAACGUCGUGGAGCUCGGCUGCAUUGCGACAUCACUUCAGCCUGGUCGUCGAUGGGAGGACUCUGACCUUCGCAUUGGAGGGAGCGCUGGAGGACAAGUUCCUCGCGCUGGCCCAACGGUGCCGCAGCGUACUGUGCUGCCGCUCCACACCUUUGCAGAAAAGCAUGGUCGUCAGACUGGUGCGGGACAAGCUAAAAGUGAUGACCUUAGCCAUAGGAGACGGGGCCAAUGAUGUGAGCAUGAUCCAGGUUGCUGAUGUUGGAGUGGGAAUCUCUGGCCAGGAAGGGAUGCAGGCAGCAAUGGCGAGUGACUUUGCAAUCGCACGGUUUCGACAUUUACAAAAGCUCUUGUUGGUCCACGGUCACUGGUGUUACUCCCGCCUCGCCAACAUGGUGCUGUAUUUCUUCUACAAAAACGCAAUGUUUGUCGCCCUGCUCUUCUGGUACCAGUUCUUCUGUGGAUUUUCGGGUUCAACAAUGAUCGACCAGUGGUACCUUAUUUUCUUCAACCUUCUGUUUUCGUCCAUCCCUCAACUCAUCACUGGAAUACUUGAUAAGGAUGUUUCUGCAGAAACCUUGGUGGCCCUGCCUCACCUGUAUAAAAGUGGUCAGAAUUCUGAGGAAUACAAGCCAUACAUGUUCUGGAUGAACAUGAUAGAUGCCCUCUACCAAAGUAUCAUCUGCUUCUUCUUUCCAUAUUUGGCUUUCCGGGAUUCAGAUGUUGAUGUCUUUACCUGGGGAACACCCAUAACCACCCUGGCUCUGUUCACGAUCUUAAUGCACCUGUGCAUUGAAACUAAAACAUGGACUUGGAUACACGUCACUUCCAUUGUUUUCAGCAUCGUUCUCUUCUUUACCGUCGCACUGAGCUACAAUGCAGCUUGCCCUAAAUGUUACCCGCCAUCCAAUCCAUACUGGACUAUGCAGAGGCUGAUGGCGGAUCCAAAGUUCUACCUGAUCUGUGUUCUUACGCCUGUUGCAGCCUUACUACCCAGAUACCUGUACCGAGUCUUUCAAGGCACAUUGUUUCCCACACCAGUCCAACAUGGCCGCCAGCUGGACAAGCUGCACCCUGCUGUGUGGAGACAUUCCAAUAAGUGGAAUGUCCCAGGCAGUUCCUCAGUUAUGCCGAAACCUGAUUUGGUGAGCCCUCCUUCAACACACUCCGGAGUAGAAGCAGUCGGUUCCUCAUCAAGCAAUAGCCAAAGUGCUCCUAGGGAUGCAAACCCGACCUCUAAAAGACCAGGAAGGAAGGAACUGGCACCAGAAGUAGAAGAUACCUGUAUGGCUGCCAGAGAUUCUGUAGAAAGCGCAAAGCUCUCCAUUCCAAAUGGCAAUUCAUCGUCAAUCCAAAACAGACUGUCACAUGUUCACGAUGCCCAGCUUACUGAGUCGGUUUCAGAGCUGCCUUUGAUAGAAGACGGUAUACCAUUGAGUCCUUCCAUUGGGAAGGACCAAUUAAAUUUACAUUUACCAAACUGGAAGACACUUCCACCAUCUACCAAUGAUACAACUCAUACAUUACAUUCCUCAACACAGACACAGACUUCAGAAGGUGAGAUAUUUGUGCCGGGAUUCAUGGUGCUGGAGGGUGCAAAUCUCUCUCAAGGAAUGUUUCAGAACCGUUCCUGCACUUCACCUCAAAUCGUCCGGACAAAGUCAUCAGAAGAGGUUCCUCUGGAAGGGAUUUCUCUAUGACAAAAGCAGGCUGCUUCAUGUGCCUUUAUUUUUAAUUUUGCACAGUUUAAAAUUAUAGUAUGAUAAAACUUUGUAUUUAAUUCUAGAUUAUCUUUUCAUAAGUCUCAAAUAAGA